AUGGUUCUAACCGAAGAGGAACAGCUGGAGGCUGCUUUGGCUGAAUCUCUGGUACAAGACUCUGCAACGCCCGCCCAGGAACGCCCAGUAAAGCAGACACGGAAGAGGCCCUCAAAGUCCAAGGGUCUCCUGACUUCGCGGAAAGCGCAGGAAGCAUUACCUCGACUCCCUGGACAACACACUGCUCUGAAGCUGCCAAAGUUAAGAAUUACAAACGACAGGAUAUGGGUUGUAAGGGAAGUAGACAGCCUAUCGCAAUCGCUGGAUACUGACGAACCAUUGGAUGCUUUCGAUCUUGAGCAAGCUAAGGACCUCGAACGUCAACGGCAACUCCUAUAUUUAGCCGAGGUCGAGCGACAGGAAGGCUACAUACACCCUGUUCAAGGUGAGCAAGAAAGCGCUAUGCGCAGCACACUUGCUAAUGAUGUGGAUAACGAUGACUUCACUGCUGCAUUCAUCCUAAGGGAGAUGGCAAACAGUGACAUCAGUGCUAAUCCCGAGAGCAUGGAUUUUGUCGAGAGACUCAUGAAUCCAUCCGCUCCUGGAGGGACUUUGGAGUCGACUAACUCGGCUAAGAAAGAAACCUCGCGUGAGGUCAUACCCCUUCGUCGUUCGACACCAAAUAAAACUGCCGCUGCUCUUGGAGCUGGGAAAUCGUCCUCAAAGGCUAUCGAAUCUGAGCAACCAGCACCAGAGCCCUUAAAAUUGGAUGAGGGCGAAGGUUUCAUGCCAUCCGCGGCAAACGACUUCAAGCUCAAGUAUGAUAGCCCCUCCGGACGUCGAGCGGAGGAGCUUGAUGCACUAAUGAAGCCUCCGAGCCGUCCAAAGACCUUUCCAGCUGAUCUUGCUGGUGAGAAGACUUUCGGCCAUAAGAGCUACAGAGGUUUCGGUACUAGGCCGAAGGAUGAUGCCGCACACAAGAUGGUCGAAGAGAUGGAACUCGAACAUGCGCGAGCACAACAAGACGUAGAGAUGGCUAUGGAGGAGGAAGACAGGUGGGACGAGCUUUGGGGCGUUGAGGAAUGGAAGGAGUAG